AUGAGGCGAACUCUGGUGCCUGUGGUGGUGGCAACCCUGCUCUGCCUGGCGCAGGGGGUGCCUGUGAAGUCAUCUGGCAGACCCGCCAACCAGUUCCCAGACGGUUUCUACCUGGGCGCCGCCACCGCUGCGUACCAGAUAGAGGGCGCGUGGAACGAGGAUGGUAAGGGAGAGAGCAUCUGGGACCACAUGCUGCACACAAAGCCCAACGCGACGUCAGACGGGCAGAACGGUGACGUGGCGGCCGACUCGUACCACAAGUACAAGGAGGACGUGCAGCUGCUCGUCGGAAUCAACGCGAACGUGUACCGGUUCUCUCUGAGCUGGCCUCGCAUCCUCCCCACUGGAGACACGGACAACAUCAACCAGGCGGGUAUCGACUACUACAACAACCUCAUCAACGAGCUGCUGGCCAACGGGAUCGAACCUAUGAUCACGCUGUACCACUGGGACCUGCCGCAGGAGCUGCAGAAACUGGGCGGAUGGCCCAACAUCGAACUGGCAGACUACUUCGUCGAGUACGCUCGCAUCGCCUUCGAGAACUUCGGAGACCGGGUGAAGCUGUGGCUGACCUUCAACGAGCCCAACAUGUUCUCCAAGGGCUACUCGGGAGCGUCGUCAGCUCCUGCUGCCAACUCCUCGGGCAUCGCAGACUACCUGAUGGCCAAGACGAUCCUGCUGGCGCACGCGCGCGUCUACCGGCUCUACGACCUGAGCUUCCGCUUCAAGCAGAGGGGCAAGGUUGGGAUCACGCUGGACGGAGGCUGGUACGAGCCGCUGACCAACAGUGCGGAGGACGCCGAUGCUUCGGACCGUCAGCUGCAGUUUGAGGUCGGGCUCUGGGCGAAUCCCAUCUUCUCGCUCCUGGGCGACUUCCCCAAGGUGGUGCGCCAGCGCGUGGCAGCCAACAGCAGGCAAGAGGGGCGCACCAGGUCUCGCCUGCCCUCGCUCUCCUUGGCCGAGAUUCUCCUCAUCAGGGGGACAUCCGACUUCUUCGGACUCAACCACUACACGACAUCUCUGAUAACUUCUGGAAGCAGCGGUGUGGUGCCUUCCAAGACAUAUGACGCCGGUGUCGUCACCUCCACCAUUGAAGGCUACAAUACCAACUACUGGAUCUCGGACGUUCCAUGGGGACUUCGUAAGCUCCUCAACUGGGUGCACAAGUCAUACCCUGGUUACCCCAUCUUCGUCACGGAGAACGGCUGGGUGGACCCUCCUGGCAUACUCAACGACACAGGCCGCGUCCACUACCUCAGGGGCUACAUAUCAGCUAUCUUGCGCGCCAUCAACGAGGAUGGUGUUCCAAUGAUUGGCUACACGCACUGGAGUCUCAUCGACAACCUGGAGUGGAUAUAUGGCUACUCCCCUGUUUCUUGUGGCGUGUACGGUGAACUCGGCGCUCUCGAAGGCUUCCCGCAACGAGUGCGGCGCGAGAUGGGUCAGCUGCUGUGGUGGCGCGGACCUGCGACCCUCCGAUUCCGCGACGGCGAGUGCGACGCUGGUGCCCUGCUGAGCGAGACGUGGGGAGUCCCCUUGUCUUUUGCGUCAUCGCCGAGAGCUCCCAAUCACUUCCCAGAUGGUUUCUAUUUGGGCGCUGCUACAGCAGCCUACCAGAUAGAAGGAGGCUGGAACGAGGACGGCAAGGGAGAGAGCAUCUGGGACCACAUGCUGCACGCACAGCCCAACCUGACGUCAGACGGCCAGAACGGCGACGUGGCGGCCGACUCGUACCACAAGUACAACGAGGACGUGAAGCUGCUCGUCGGACUCAAUGCGAACGUGUACCGUUUCUCCCUGAGAUGGCCUCGAAUCCUGCCGACUGGGGACACGGACAACAUCAACCAGGCCGGCAUCGACUACUACAACAACCUCAUCAACGAGUUGCUGGCGAAUGGAAUCCAGCCGAUGGUGACGCUGUACCACUGGGAUCUUCCCCAGGAACUGCAGAAACUGGGAGGCUGGCCUAACGCCGUCAUCGCCGACUACUUCGUCGAGUUCGCUCGCAUUGCCUUCGAGAACUUCGGAGACAGGGUGAAGUCCUGGUGCGGCUUGUGGGCCCACCCCAUCUUCUCGAGGGAGGGCGACUUCCCAGAGGUGGUGAAGCUGAGGGUGGCGGCCAACUGCAGGAAGGAGGGGCGCACCAGGUCACGCCUGCCGGCGCUCUCCCCAGCUGAGGUCAACCUCAUCAGGGGCACUGCCGACUUCUUCGGGAUUAACCACUACUCUUCCUCGCUGGUGACGUCCGGCAGCAGCGGCUCCGAACCCUCGAAGACUUACGACUCCGGUGUCGUGACUUCCAUGUUCGAGGGAUACCCCACCAGCUUCUGGAUAUCGGAGAAACAGCGUCCAGUCAAAUUAAUGUGA